GAUCAAGCUGCUUGAAACAGACAUCACCCGCCAGGUGAAUGAAGUACUUGUUUGGCAAUGCUUGUGACGGUGAAUGCGCACCCAACGUGGUAUCUACCAGUACCACAAUAAUAGACAGGAACAUGCCAGAUCUUUGGCAGUUGAUUGUCACAAAUUGCUCGGGCAAAUACGCGGGAAAUGUGGCAUACACCGAAGCUAUUCACGGCGAUAUUGUGUCAGUGACCUAUGGCCAAGUAUUGAAGAAGGUGGAACGCCUGAGUGCGUCGAUUCUCAAUAUCCUCGAGGCGCAACGGACAAAUGGGGGACAUCACAGCUUUUCUGUGUUGUUGCCCAACUGCACAAGCCACGUGGACCUGUUCUUUGCAGCGGCUGCGACACGAGCAAAGAUAGUGUGUUUGAAUCACCGUUUGAUGACAGAGGAGCUCCAAUUGCUUUUCGAACGUGGGCACAGUCCUUUGCUCUUUGCCAGCGAAGACUUUGCACAGUUUCUGAGCGAGGUGUCCUGGGCAAGUGCCAAGGUCCGCGUCAUUGCCUGGGUGCAUGACAUUCCAGACGACUUCAACGAACCGUUGGUAGAGUCGCUGUCAAUGUUAAGUCUCUAUGAAACCAACGAAAGUUUUCAAGCUCCACCCGUCCAAGAGGACACCUGGCUACAAGGAUUCUUCACUUCGGGAAGCACAGGAGCCCCAAAGAGCGUGAGUCACACACACAAGAAUGUGUACCAUCACACUCUCAGCACAAUGCAGGCAUUGGGCAUCAACGAAAACGAAGGUGAUUGCUGGGGGCACUUCGGCCCUCUCUUUCACUGUGGAACUCCUGCCUUUAUCUGGAUAAGCGCAAUGGUGGGAGCUCGACAAGUCUUUCACGAGAACCAGUUUCAGUUCAUAGAGGUGGCGAACAUGAUGCAAGAUGACCAGGUGACGAUGGUGAAGCUGAUGCCUACGAUCCUGAAAUACCUCCUCAGUGCCGAGAAAACCCGCAGCAUGAAAUUCCACAAACUGAAGUGGGUUCUCACCGGAGGUAUGAAACCGACUCUGGACGUCAUCGAGAAGACCAAGGAGGCCUUUGGAUGCCAAUUCAUCCAAGGCUAUGGCAUGACUGAGGCGACGGUGCACUGUGCCUUCAAGAACGAGUCCUUGGAACCGGAAGAAGAUGGCAUGACGGUGCUCCCAGGUCUUGAUCUUCGAAUCCUCAACGAGAGCGAUGGGGAAGUGCCCAGCGGCACCGUGGGCGAGAUUUGCAUCCGCGGUCCAACCUUCUUUGCUGGGUAUGACAAUGCUCCAGAUAUGAAUCUUGAGGCCUUUACCAAGGAUGGCUACUUUCGCAGUGGAGACUUGGGCUACAAGAACAAACAGAAGCAGCUGUACAUCAGUGGCCGAUCCAAGGACAUGAUCAUCGUUGGUGGUGAAAACGUCUUCGCAAUGGAAGUAGAGCAGGUCAUCACAAGGUUGCCUGGCAUCUUUCGUUGUGCAGUGUUUGGUGGACCCGAUGAAGCCUUGGGGGAGGUGGUCCAUUGUGCGGUCAUGUUGGCAGAAGAUGGGGUCCUACAUCCAUUACAUGACGAUGAAGUGGAGGAGAGGAUUCACAGGAAAUGCGCCGAGUCACUGGCCGCCUUCAAAGUGCCAGUAGCAGUGCAUAUUUGGCGGCAUGAAAGCUUUCCAAUGACUGGCUCUGGCAAGAUGCUGAAGCAUGAGAUCAGAGCCAAGUCGCUUGAGACGGGCCAGGCGCAUACGAAGACUCACAAGCACUUUGCCACCAAGGAAGCAGCAGUGGUCGGUGCUGUGGCUUCAGUGCUGGGUCGUGCCAUUACGCAAGAAGACUUCCACACUCCCUUCAUGGAUCUGCACAUGGCUUCGAUGGAGUUCACUCGAGUGAUCAAUCUGCUGGGUGGCAUGCUUCGUGGCGGCGAGCUGUCUCCAACCUUGCUGUUUGAGAAUGACACCUUGGACGAGCUGAUCAAACACAUCCUCGAAAGAGAAGAUCUGGUGCUAGUCGCUCACAGUGAUGAAAUUGUGGAGAACAAGAGCUUGGAGGAGGUCGCCAAUAUCGAUUCUCUCCCAGUGAACAGGUGGAGUCAAUUGAGUCCGCUCUGCCUCGUGCUGCAACUCGUGUUGCUCCUGGUGAGACCAAUUGUGCUGAUGAUUCCAGUGAUGUUUGCUGCAUGGGCAGGUUGGAUAUGGUAUGCCAAUCACUUCUGGUGCAAAGACUGCUACUGGACGUUGAUUUUCGUGCCAUUCCUGUGGCCCUUGAGCAUCAUUGUGCUGAUGAUCGUAGUAGUGAUUCUGAAGUGGCUUCUAAUUGGAUGCUGCACACCAAGUCAUAUCCCUUUGUGGUCACCCAGAUAUCAUCUGUGGCUCUGCAUGUACAAUCUAUUUCAGUCAAUCGACCCAUUCCUCGCGAUGUUCAGGGGAACACCUAUUUUAAACUUCUUUUACAACCGUUGUGGCGCGCACAUCACAUAUUCCACGGAGUUGCACACUUCCAAUUUGACGGAUCCAGACCUCAUUCGUAUCCAUGGAGAUUGCGUGAUCGACCGAGCGUGCAAUAUCCAGCCGAGCCUGAUCACUGCGAAGAAGAACGGGUACGUCAUUCUUGCCAAGAUAAGGAUCAACAAGGAGUGUUUUGUCGGGUAUGGUGUGACAAUCGAACCCCAUGUGACCUUGGAGCGUGGCAGCUACGUGCGUCCGUUGCGGUGUGUGUCUGUGGCAAACUCCAUGACAGCAAGCGAUGCAUGGACGAAGCGGGUACAAUUGGCACCAUGGCUGUCAGCCAUCAGAGCGAUUUUCUUGUUCUACCUGGCUGGCCUCAUGGUGGGUGUCUCUGUGGCGGUGGGUGCGAUCAUCAUGUACUAUAUACCUUCUCAAGGUUCUCAUAUCAUCCCGUUGAUGCUGCCAGCGGUACUUACAGAAGGUGCAACUGGUGUGCCUAUUCCGGCACGUACGGCGGAAGAUACGGAGUUGGAUUUCGUGUGGUGGACGACACUGCCUUUGGUUGUUUUCUUGUUGAUCCCACAUACAUACUUCUUGUGUGUGGUUCUGGCAAAGCACCUCAUCGUUGGAUAUGCCCACAGUGGGCAAGAGAAACGCAGCCGAACUUGGAAGAGCUGGCUCUAUGUGGUCCUCAUUGACUGUCCGCUCUUUCGAAUUGCCACCCAGUACACAGUGAUGAGUCAUGUGACGAAGUGGCAGUUCCGACUUUUGGGAUGCAAAAUUGGUGAUCGGGCAUACUUCUGUGCGCCUUUCAUUAGGGAUCCUGAGCUUGUGGAGAUUGGGAACAACGUCAUCGUAGCAGGAAACGUCGCGUUGCUCACCUCCACCUUGGAUCACGCUUUGUGCAACCCCAUCAUCCUGAAGAACGAAUCAAUUGUUGCAAACACUGUGGUCCUCCAGACCGGUUGUGAAGUUCGUGAGGCAAGCAUCAUUGGAGACGGUGUCUGCGUGCCGGCCAACAAGGUGAUCACUGAAAACAUGGUUGCAGUGCGGGACAAUUCGGAUGCCAUGCCGUACAUCAUGAUGAAGCGAUCGAGUGUUUUCCAGCCGCCUCAAGUCACACUUUGGACUUACGUGGGCUUUCAGGUGCUGCUCGUCUGGAUGCAGCUUCUGAUGACGGUGGGAGCCCAUAUUCCAGGAUACUUGCUCGCAGGCUUAAUCGUCAGCAAGUCACAACUCAUCCUGCCCCAAGCCACUGGUUCUUGGCCUUUCAUGCCUUUGGUCCUGCUGACGGUUAUGACGUCCAAAAUUCUGCUAAUACCGAUCUUGAAGUGGGCAAUUGCAUGCAGGUUUCAUACAAGAGAAAUUCACCUCUUUGGUUUGCGUUAUGUGGUGUGGAUUGCUUUUGAAGCAGUGCUUUUCGACGCGGAUCAUCUUUUUCUGCAAACCUUGUGCGGUACUACCUUCCUAUCGGCCUGGUACUGGCUGAUGGGAGCUCACAUCAGCCGGAACGUCUGCCUCAUGGGAUCGUCCGUUGGAUGUGAGUACGACUUGAAGCACUUGGCAAAGGGAGUGGUGCUGAAUCACGCAUCCUUGCUCUUCUCCCAUUCAGUUGAAAGAGGUACUCUGAUCUUCAGGCACACCCAUUUGGAAAGUGCAUCAGAGCUGGGGGUAAACUGCGUAGCAGAAGCUGGAGCACGACUUAUGAAAGAGGGCCAGUUGUUGUCUGGACAGGUUGCCCAUGCAGCUGCAGAGAAGGUAAAUGAGACAGGGAAGCCCACAUUUCACCGGACGCACUCAGAGACCUUCAAGCCCAGUGCUGGCUUGGGCGAGGUGUCUUCCUCAUUGCAGCGCGGCUACCACGAAAUUCGGAACCAACGUGCUUUCGCACGAACGAUGGAUAUCGCGCGUGACUUUUCGAAGAAUGCCACAGAGAGCCAGGCUGCAAGCCGCAUGAUGUCAGACAAAGUCACGGGACCUGCAAGCAAAAGUGGGCGCUUGCUAGAAAAAUGCAUGAAUCUAGACGACUUUGAGCGGGUUGCCCGCGAAGUCAUGGAAAGUGGCGGUUUUGGCUACUAUUUGGGUGGUGCUACAGAUGAGUGGACAUUGAAGGAGAACCGUGUGGCUUUCGAGAAGUAUCGAAUUAUCCCCAGAGUCAUGCUGAAUGUUUCGGCCGUCAACAUGCGCUGCACCUUUUUUGGCAUCAAUCUGCGCUUUCCAGUGAUGAUAGCGCCAUCUGCCAUGCAUGGACAGGCGCAUUCGGACGCCGAGAAGGCCACAGCGCGCGCGGCUGUGCGGGCAGGCUCCGCUUUUACGUUGUCGUCCUUGGGGACGAUGUCCAUGGAGGACGUUGCAGGAGCAGUUCCCACAGAUACCGAUGGCAUGCCCAAAGGAUUGAUCUUUCAGCUGUAUGUGUUCAAGCGAAGGGAUAUCACAGAGGCCAUCGUUCGAAAAGCGGAACGACUGGGAUAUAAGGCACUGUGCCUGACAGUGGAUGCACCAGUCACUGGUCGACGGGAGCGAGAUCUUCGCAGCGGCUUUGCGGUGUCGGACGGCAUGGGUCAGCUUCCCAACAUUCAGAUGUUGGGUGAUGUGGUGAAUCAGCAGCUGGUGGAGUUCGAAGCGCAAAAGGACCUGACGCUGGACUGGAGCAUCAUCACUUGGCUGAAAACAAUCUGCAAUCUGCCAAUCAUUGCGAAGGGCAUCCUACAUCCACUGGAUGCUCGUUGCGCCAUUGAUGUGGGUGCAGCGGCCAUUGUCGUCUCAAACCAUGGAGGCCGACAGUUGGAUAGUACACCUGCCACCAUUGAUGUCCUGCCAGCUAUUGCGGAGGAAGUGGCAGGGGAGAUUCCGAUUUUCCUGGAUGGUGGGAUUCGUCGUGGCACCGAUGUCUUCAAAGCUUUGGGGCUUGGAGCCAGCGCAGUGAUGUUGGCUCGUCCAGCAGUGUUUGCACUAGCUGUGGGCGGAGAACAUGGCGUUUCCAGAAUGUUGCGUAUGCUGCAUGAUGAGCUGGAGUGCACUUUCAGGCUGGCGGGUUGCACAAAGCUGCAAGAAGUGCCUUCUCGCAUCAUUUCCUCGAAUCCGGCACUGAAAGAGACGCGUAUAUAAGGACAUCCAGGACUCAGGCGGCGAAAUAUACUGAGGUUCUGAGCCUGAACCGGGCAGAUCCGGUACCUAACCUUUCAGAGAUCAUUCGAUGAAGAUUAUGUUAGCAUGAC